GUGCCAGAGAAUUGUUACUCAGGGACAGACAGAAUUGUUACUGAGUGCCAGAGAAUUGUUACUCAGGGACAGACAGAAUUGUUACUGAGUGCCAGAGAAUUGUUACUCUCACAGACACAAAAUUGUUACUUGCACAGACACAGAAUUGUUACUUGCACAGACACAGAAUUGUUACUCAGGGCCACAGAAUUCAUACUCAGGGACAGACAGAAUUGUUACUGAGUGCCAGAGA